UGAGAGGAGAAAAGCGGAAGUCCAGCAUCGCAUUUUCGUUAGAAGAGAUCCAACAGAAUUGAAAUUAUUGAAUGUUUUCAUAUACCUACAAUAGUUUUCAUCACUAGUACAUUAUUGUACUAGCUAGCUAGCAAACUAGUAGGAGGAUCUGAUCUGAUCUGGAGUUGUAAGAAAUGGAAGAAGAAUACUUGGGUGAUAUCUUCCAAGAUGCCUCCGAAACCUUAGAAGAUGAGAACAUCCAACAACUGCGAAUCUCCUUGAAAAUCGGGGGUAACUUCUGUCCCAACAUCAGAUAUCAUCAAUACAAUGGGCGGAGGUUCCAAGCAGAAUGGGUCGUCGAUAUGCCGCAUCUCCAAGGGGCAGGAAGUGGUGGAGUAGAAGGAGGAGGAGGUGGUGGUAGAGCAGAAGAGGAAGGAGAUGGCAAUGGAGAAAUAGGAGAAGAAGAGGAGGAGGAGGAUGGAGGAGAAGGAGAUAAUGGCAAUGAAGAAAUAGGAGAAGAUGAUGAGGACGAUGGAGGAGAAGGAGAUGGUAAUGAAGAAAUAGGAGAAGAGGAGGAGGGCGAUGGAGGAGAAGGAGAUGGCAAUGAAGAAAUAGGAGAAGAGGAGGAAAACGAUGGAGGAGAAGGAGAUAAUGGCAAUGAAGAAAUAGGAGAAGAUGAUGAGGACGAUGGAGGAGAAGAAGAUAGCAAUGAAGAAAUAGGAGAAGAUGAGGAAGAAGAAAGAGGUGGCAGUGAAGGAACAGAAGGAGGAUUAGGAGGUGAUAAUGAUGAUAGCCAUGAGUCCAUUGGAGGGCGUGGUAGAGGAGGAGGAGGAGAAAAUGAUAGGGGAGAAGCAAAUGUGGGUGGUCAUCCACAUUUGCCCCUCCCCUAUAAUAUUAUUGGCCGCUGUAGCGCAAUGAAAUACAUAUUUAGGGUUCCAAAAUACAUACGUGUAAUUGAGAAAAGAACAUACGCCUCCCAAACAGUUUCAAUUGGACCAUCCCCAUACAUCCCUAAGAUUGUCUCAAUUGGACCAUACCAUUAUGGAAAUCCAAAAUUGUCACGAAUGGAAUGUAAGAAAAAGUUGCUUUUUACAUCCUUGAGAAUCGACCCUAAAUGCCAGUCAUCCCUAACAGCGGCCAUGACGGAUUUUGAAGCUAAGGCUAGAAAAUGCUAUUCCACAAAGUUCAACAGUAUUGAUACCAAUACAUUUCGGGAUAUGAUGCUCAUCGAUGCCUUCUUCAUCAUUCAUACAUUUCUCUCUUUCAACCGUUGGUGCAAGAAUCUGGAUGAUCCAAAACUGCAAGGCGAACCCAUUUUUCAAACAGCUUGGAGGCAAGGAAAUAUUUGCGAGGAUUUACUGAUGCUAGAGAAUCAGGUUCCCUUUUUCAUUCUUGUCAAAGUGUAUGCUAUACUGACCAACGAAUCCAACGAAGAAGAAUCAGGAAAUUGUUUGAAGAAGCUGGCGAUGCAGUUCUUCAAACAAGUUGAAUUGGGAAGAAGUGGCGGCGGAGGCGAUGAUUUUGAUUCAGAAACAGUUACAGUAGUAGCCGAUAACCCCAAACAUUUGCUGGAUUUGUUCCACAGCAGUUUUGUUGUAGCGGAGGACAAAAGAAAGACGCGAAAGCGCAACAACAUUAAUACAAAUACAUCGUCAAAGUACUGGGUAAGCAGUGCUUCAGCACUCCGUUCAAAUGGGGUCAAAUUCAUCGCAAUAACCAAAAAGGGCAACCCACUGGAUAUUCAGUUCAAUCACUACCUAGGACGUUUGAGAGUUCCGACACUUUGUAUCAACGACAGAACUGCAACUGUCCUUAAAAACCUGGUGGCAUACGAGCAAGGCUCGCGUCUACCAAACCCAUAUUUCACUACCCUCGCAAUCUUCUUCUCCAAUAUUGCACCCAAUGCCGACGACAUCAAACUUCUGAGGGAGGCACACAUUAUCAACCACCAAUUAGCAGGUGAUGGAGCGGUGGUUCUUCUUCUGCAACAACUCUACAAAGCCUCCCAGAACGGCUUUAAUAAUGCUUGUCUCAUCAAACAUCAUCUUCAACUCAUUGACAGAUACCUUAUAUCUGGUCAAGCCCAGGUUAUGAGUUCCCUGAGGAAAAGAGGUGGUGCGGCCCAGCUCGGAUACAAUUUUGUUGCGUCGCUUUUAAUUUCUUUCUUUACGAUUCAAAGAAUAAGACUCUAAACAAAAGGAAUGUAGGGUGUUUGACAUUACCAGAGGUGCAAGGGGUAUUACAUAAUGUCAAUAAACUUGAACUUGUUUUGACCAUAUUAGAAAUUUCAUGUGCAUUACUAAA